AUGCGAUCGGAAUUCAUCGUAAACAGACACACUAGUCACUUUGAGCCACUCCUGUCUAGUUAUUUUGAGUCGUAUAAAAUUUGAAUGUAUUUAAGGGUAUUCCGGGUACUCUUUGUGCAAUGACGUGGGGAUUUGUUACUUGUGGGCCUAACGAAGCCUUGGUUAUUUCAGGAUGUUGUUACAGCAAACCACUACUAGUGCCUGGAGGAAGAGCUUUCAUAUGGCCAACGAUUCAAAGCAUUCAAAGAAUUUCAUUAAACACCAUGACCCUCAUUGUCGACAGCCCGACUGUCUACACAAGCCAGGGCGUUCCAAUAUCUGUCACUGGAAUAGCACAAGUGAAAAUUCAGGGACAAAAUGAGGAAAUGUUACUGGCUGCAUGUGAACAGUUUUUAGGGAAAAGUGAAAACGAAAUUCAGCACAUCGCCCUAGUAACCUUAGAAGGCCACCAAAGAGCAAUAAUGGGUUCCAUGACGGUCGAGGAAAUCUACAAAGACCGAAAGAAAUUUAGCAAACAAGUUUUUGAAGUAGCCUCUUCGGAUUUGGUCAAUAUGGGUAUUACGGUUGUUUCUUACACUCUCAAAGACAUCAGAGACGAGGAGGGCGCUAAGGGUUACUUAAAAAGCCUGGGUAUGGCGAGAACUGCCGAGGUGAAACGUGACGCGAGGAUAGGCGAGGCCGAGGCCAGGGCCGACGCGAAAAUCAAAGAGGCCAUAGCCGAAGAGCAACGGAUGGCGUCCGUGUUCCUGAACGACACGGAAAUAGCGAAAGCCAGACGUGACUUCGAACUGAAGAAAGCCGCUUACGAUGUAGAGGUGCAGACGAAAAAUGCCGAAGCCGAAAUGGCCUACGAAUUGCAGGCCGCCAAAACCAAACAAAGAAUUAAGGAGGAACAGAUGCAGAUAAAAGUGGUGGAGCGAACUCAACAGAUUGCCGUACAAGAACAGGAAAUAGCCAGGAGGGAGAGGGAGCUUGAGGCUACCGUUCGAAGACCCGCCGAGGCAGAGAAGUACCGAUUGGAGAAAAUUGCCGAGGCCAAUCAUAAGAGGGUCGUUUUGGAGGCUGAAGCGGAAGCGGAGGCACUGAGGCUCAAAGGCGAAGCUGAGGCUUAUGCCAUCGAGGCCAAAGCUAAGGCCGAAGCGGAACAGAUGGCUAAAAAAGCGGAUGCUUGGAAGGAAUAUAGGGAAGCUGCUAUGGUGGAUAUGUUCUUGGAUGUUAUACCCAAGGUUGCCGCCGAGAUCGCUGCGCCACUUUCCCAGGCAAAAAAAAUAACGAUGGUGUCUACCGGCUCUGGUGACGUGGGGGCAGCGAAAUUGACGGGAGAGGUUCUCGAUAUUGUCAACCGAAUGCCACAGCUCGUGAAGACCAUGACUGGAGUAGAUAUCUCAAAGUCUGUGUACGUCGCAUAGACAAGAGGAAGUUUGAAGGUACGAAUUGGAAAGUUCCACGGCCAGUGUCUUUAAAUGUUCCAACACACAAUAUAAUACUAUGUACACCUAUGCCAAAUAUUUGUUUUACGUUAGUCGAUAGGUAAACGUACUAACGACGUUAAUUUUUUAUUACAAGUUGAUAUUUGAUGUUUCGUGGUGUUCUAUUCUAGCGCUUAACGCCCAAGGAAAUAAAAGCAUUUAUUCGAUAUAAAGAAUUAUAUUUUUUGUAAUCUAUGUCCUAUUUAAAAA